UAGAACCUUUAUUUUUUUUUGACAGAUUUGUAAUUCCAUUUGACGUUUAUAAAAACCUUUGAUAAAACUCAAAUGCAAGUAAUCAUCUUGAAUAUAUGUAAAUUGUGUGCAUGUGAACGAUAAGCUAAUUGCGAAUGAGAGUUCUAGUAAGUGUACUGUUGAGCGGGAACAUCGGUAGGCAUAUCAAGACGACGCUUUGCUUAUACAGCUCAAUAAAACUAAAUAACGAGCAGAAAACCAAUAUUAAAAGGGUGGUAAAAAUGGAUAAUAACGUAAUCAAACGAUUUAAUGAUAUUGUAAAAUCAGCCGAAGAUAAACGCCUUUAUCGAGGUCUAAUUCUCGCUAAUAAUAUGAAAGUGAUUUUGGUUAGUGAUCCGACCACUGAUAAAUCAGCUGCUGCUAUGGAUGUAGGAGUUGGAUAUUUAAGUGACCCAGAUAACAUCCCAGGGUUGGCUCAUUUUUGCGAACACAUGUUAUUUCUUGGUACAGAAAAAUACCCCAAUGAAAAUGAUUAUAACAAAUUUUUAAGUGAACACGGAGGAAGUUCAAACGCUUCGACAACCCACGAUCACACAAAUUAUUAUUUCGAUAUUGUCCCCGAUCAACUUCCCAAUGCUCUUGACCGUUUUUCCCAAUUCUUUAAGUCCCCUUUAUUUACCGCAAGCGCAACUGAACGUGAAAUAAAAGCUGUACAUUCAGAACAUGAAAAAAAUUUAGCCAGCGACGUUUGGCGUAUUGAUCAAUUAGAUAAACACACCGCCGAUACUAAUCAUCCCUUUCACAAAUUUGGAACUGGAAGUCGACAAACAUUAGAAAUUACACCAAAAGAAAGUGGGAUUAACGUUAGGGAUGAAUUGUUGAAAUUCCAUGGAACUUGGUAUUCAUCGAAUAUUAUGUCUUUAGCCGUUUUAGGAAAAGAAAGUUUAGACGAAUUGGAGCAAAUGGUUAUAAAAAUGUUUAGCGAGGUUAAGGAUAAGGAUGUGAUAGCUCCGAAAUGGGAGGUUCAUCCUUUUUCUGGUGAUCGUUUGAGGACUUGUACAUAUAUGGUUCCAAUUAAGGAUAUUAGGAAUUUAAAUCUUAUUUUCCCAACACCUGAUUUAAUUGAAUUGUAUAAAUCACAGCCUGGUAAUUACAUAAGUCAUUUAAUUGGGCAUGAAGGGCCUGGAAGUCUCUUAUCGGCGUUAAAAGAGAGGGGAUGGUCGAAUAGUCUUGUUGCGGGGAAUAAACCGGCCCCGCGAGGAAUGGGGUUCUUUGGAAUCUCCGUUGAUUUAACCGAAGAAGGGAUUAAACACAUCGAUGAUAUAAUAACGUUAAUAUUUCAAUACAUUAAAAUGUUGAAAGAUGCCGGGCCGUUGUUGUGGAUUCAAGAGGAGCAACGAGAUAUAUCCGCGAUGACUUUUCGGUUUAAAGAUAAGGAGAGUCCUAGGAGUUAUAUUGUGGGGCUUGUGAAUAAUCUUCAGCAUUUUCCGCUUGAAGAUGUUUUAUGUGGUGGAUAUUUUUUGACCGAUUGGAAACCGGAAAUAAUUACGAGCUUGCUAAAUGAUUUUAAUCCGAAUAAUAUUAGAGUGGGGGUUAUCGCUAAGAAAUAUGUGGAUGUCGUCGAUCAAAAAGAACCGUGGUAUGGAACUGAUUAUAAAAUAGUUACGAUACCUCAACAAACUUUGGAGAUGUGGAAAAACGUGGCAGUUCCGAACGAUCUUCAUUUGCCCGAUAAAAAUGAAUUAAUUCCGAGCAAUUUCGAAGUUUACCCAUUGGAGAAGGAAAAUACUGAGUGGCCGAGUAUUAUUAAAGACACCCCGAUUAGCCGAGUUUGGUUUAAGCAGGAUGAUAAAUUUUUGUUGCCCAAAACUAAUUUAAUGUUUGAUUUUGUGAGUCCUUUAGCAUAUUUGGAUCCACUCAAUUGCAACUUAACCCACAUGUUUGUGCAAUUAUUUAAAGAUUCCUUGAAUCAAUAUGCUUACGCUGCAGAAUUAGCGGGAUUAAAAUACGAACUAUCCAACACAAAAUAUGGAUUAAUUUUAGUGUUGAGCGGAUUUAAUGAUAAACAAUCAGUUUUCUUGGAUAAAGUGAUGGAAAAAUUGACCUCUUUUAAAAUUGAUCCAAAACGAUUUGAAAUUUUUAAAGAAAACUAUAUAAGGAUGUUAAAGAAUUUCGCCGCGGAACAACCAUAUCAACACGCCGUUUAUUACUUAGCCGUUCUAUUAACCGAACAUUCUUGGACGAAACAAGAACUUUUAGCUGCAACGGAACAAUUAACUGUUGAUAGAUUGGAGGCGUUUAUACCGCAAAUUUUAUCGAAAAUGCACGUUGAAUGCUUACUUCACGGCAAUUUGACGCGCUCGAAAGGUUUGGAUUUGGUGGAAAUCGUCGAAAAUCGCUUGCAACAAAGCGUUAAUAUGCAACCGUUAUUACCCAGGCAAUUAUUACUUAACCGAGAAUUAAAAUUGGAGGAUGGAUGUAAUUAUUUAUACGAAGUACAAAAUGAGGUUCACAUUGCAAGUUGUGUCGAGUUGUAUUAUCAAUGUGGAGUGCAAAACACAGCGAGUAAUAUGUUGUUGGAGUUGUUCUCCCAGAUUAUUCACGAACCAUGUUUUAACGUUUUAAGAACGAAGGAGCAAUUAGGUUACAUAGUUUUCAGUGGGAUUCGUCGCUCAAAUGGCGUUCACGGUUUAAGAAUAAUCGUUCAAUCACAAAGACACCCCACUUACGUUGAUGAGAGAAUCGAGGAAUUCCUCACGAGUAUGUACGAGUACAUCGAGAAUAUGUCCGAUGAAGAAUUCGCAAAACAUAAAGAAGCUUUGGCCGUGCAACGUUUGGAAAAACCGAAACAAUUAUCAUCGCAAUCUUAUGUAUAUUGGACGGAGAUUAAUAUGCAACAAUAUCACUUCGAUCGUGUUAAUGUUGAAGUUGCUUAUUUGAGGAAUAUCACCAAAAAUGAUAUUUGCGAUUUUUAUAAAAUGUUAUUGGCGGAAAACGCUCAACAACGACACAAAAUUGCGAUCCAUGUUAUAUCCGUUGCGGAUGGUGUUACGAGGGGGCCUGUACACGAAGAAACGACUAAGUUGGUUUCUGCGCAAACGAUGAUUCAUGAUGUAACGGCGUUUAAGAGUUCGCAUGGAAUGCAUCCACUUGUCCAACCGUAUAUUAGUAUAACGCGGAAAGGAAAUAAAUCGAAACUUUAAAGGUUUUUUGGAUGAUAAUGUUUAAAUAAGAUGUUAUCGUUUUUUCUAUAAAUAAAAUUUAAUAAAACUAGAUUUUUUUUUUAAUCUUUAAUUUCCAUAAAAAUUAUAAACUCGAUUUAAAAUACUGUACACAUACAGAGCAAAAAAAUUAGAACUUAAAAAAAACAGAUUCAUCUUUUUUCUUGAUAUGGCAUUUUUACGGAUAUGAAUCUCUAUUUUAUAUAUAUAUAUAUAUAAACAUGCUCUCAAUUAUAGAAUAGUUUUAGUCUCUUUGAGUCCCUUCCGAGAGAAAGUGCCCGUAGCCGCCAAGGUUUCCGAGUAUGUAUAGAAAUAUAUAAUCAUGUAUAACUAAAUCACCCUUAAUAAAUGAAUUCUUAAACAAAUUAAGAAUUAAUUUAUUAGGGGUUAAUUACAAUUCGUACUUUAUUUUGUUUAUAAUAAAAAAAAUUAAGACCAUGUUACAUCGACACAUUAAAAUAGAAGAUCGUCUUGUUUUCUUUGAUUUCUUUUAUUAUUAUUAAUUUUUGUAUCGCGGAUUUUUUUUAUUAUUAAUAAUUAUUGUUCUCAAUGAUUUGAAUCCGCGAAAAACGUGUAUCAAAAUAGAGCGUGCACCUUCACGGAAGGCGGACCAUUAACACUACGAAAACUUAAUUCACAAAAGCUACCAAAAAAAAAAAUAAAAUAAAAUAAAAUUGCGCAGAGAUCAAAUUAAAUCAUUGCCACUCUUCUUAAGAUAUACAUAUAUCUCUUAUAUAUUAAAAAAUACAAUAAAAUAUUACACGAACGACGAAUU